CUUACUUUCUGACCCAAGACGUGACUGUGGGACAUUUCCUGCUCUUGGCCUCCGAUCCAAGAUGGUGUAUGAGUCCGUGUAUGUUUCGCUUGUUGCAUAGCACCUACAGCGCAGGAAGUGGAUCGCUGUUCAAGACCCUUCAGCGCUCCGUUACGGUCAUUGUUGGUCGUAUUCGAAUUUUUCUUUUUUUCCGUUCGCCAUUUGGUUACUUGCCCUGUAACCGACGCUUUUUCACACUCUUUCCCGAGCCGUGUUGCCCGCAGGACCUUCCACUCUCUGAAUCGAUCUCUUUUCGCUUACCAAUGCGGCUGAGAUGUCCAUUUUUCGACUGGGUACCUUGUGCAUUCACUCGCAGAGCCACCGUGGAUAUUCCUCCGUUAUAUCGGAGUAUCUAUUAUUACUGCAAUGCGCUUUAUAUUUCCCUGCACACCUCCUUCUAAUACCUUCCCCAAGUAUUGAAUCACCACAGUAGAAGAAACCACAGCAUCUCCGGCCCUCCCAUCACAAUCCCGUAGGGUGUAUUGCACUUCACUUAUAUAUUCGGUCAGGUUUGCGCCCAACUUGCGUGAUACUUACUUUCCAUCAAAUGUGUAAGCUGCUGCUUCUUUGUCCAUGACGAUCACAGAGGGGGCCUCAGAUGCAGGGAAAAUCACCAGUGCACGCGAUGCCCAGGUAUCGAGAUGGGUAGGAGUGUCAGCAGUAACGUUUCUCGUCUACGAUGUACUCAUCAAUAUUUCCGAUGAGGUUGAAUACGUCUGGCGCGUCCCUAGAACAUGGGCAUAUUGGGCAUACCUGUAUGUCCGGCAUUUUGCUAUGAUCGCACUCGCCUCUCUGUUGAUAUUGGCUACCAAUGAACACAACCGUCUCGGAUUCUCAUCCGGAACCUGUCGGGGAUGGAUUAUCUACGAAUCUUUUCUUUCAAUCUCGUUAGUGCUCCUCGUGGAAGCCAUCCUCAUGAUUCGUAUAUAUGCUAUUUUUGCACGAAGUAAACGCCUUCUCCAAAUACUUUCGCUCUUAUUUAUUGCCGAAUGUGUUGUCUCCGUUACCGGUCAAGCAUUUUCGAUUAUUAACUUGUCAUUCAGCCUCGAGUUGGGCUGUGUGGUAACCUCGACUCCCCCAGCGUAUAUGGCGUCUUGGAUUGCCCCUCUCACAUUCCAAACUAUCCUUUUCGUUCUCACCAUUUUUAAAUGCUUUGUCACUAUGACUAAGAAGACGGGAAGCGAUUCCGUGUUGUUUAUCUUUGUGCGGGAUGGCAUAUGGGCAUACGCGCUCAUGUUUGCUGUUAUGUUGUUAAACUUAUUGAUGUUUCAGCUAAAAGCGUCACCGCUCGCGCCGCUAUGCUUCAAAUGGGCUCUUUCGAUUAUCUCGUUUUGCGGGUCUCACGUCUUAUUGAACAUGCGUCGUCUGCACGCCCGUAUCAAUGCGAUUCCACCUUCAUCACCUAUGAUAAGCACGCAGCCAGACGAGUUCACUUUGACUACAUAUACUGCGGGUCAAUUCAACGGGUCGACGGAUUCAGUGCCUCGAACUAGACUUGACAGAUCCAACAGUUGACCAGUAUGAAAUUUCCGGAACACUGUAUCAUUAAGUAUGAUGUAUUUGACAGACAGUAACUGUAUCGAUUGUUAAUAUAUGCUAAGAGGCAUUCCUGACUGCGGGCAGUAGCUUUUCGCUUUCCGGCUAAAUCUGAAGAACGAAACAAUACCAGAAAAGCUC